GACUUGAGACUUGAGAGUUGAGACAUAUAUCAAUAAACCCUCAAAAUGAUUGGAACUUAGACCAUACACACAUAUUCAUUUCUAUCUCUCACAGAAAAUGAAUCUAUACGGAUCAUAUCUAGACGACAUUGCAGACCAGAUACCGGUCGACAGGAGUCGGAGUCAGAUGAUCAGAAAGUACUUAGGUAAACAACGGAAAAAUUUAGAUUUGAUAGAUGAAGUCGUAGAGGCCAGACUUAUACGUCAGUUGGAAGCCAAUCAAUCGAUUUUGGAGAAAACAGACAAGCAUAAAUACGACUACGAGGAAUAUGCGACGAUUUUGCAUAGGGAAGAGUACGAGGAAUAUGCGACGAAGAUAAUCGACCUCUGCCCUUCACUCGUUAGAGUUGCUAACGUCGACGGAAACACUCCUCUUCAUUUAGCUGCCGAAAUUGGAAACGAAUUUAUCCUCUGGAAAAUGUUGAGGUGUGGAGAAGCAGACUGCAGGAAGAUUAAUAAGCAAGGACAAACAGCAUUCAUAUUAGCAUGCCUCAACAAUCACGUCGCUGUUGCACUUACCCUCCUACAAUAUAUGCGGUCUAUGACGAUGGUGGAACUUGAUGCAGCCUUUUCAAGACAUCAACCAGGUUUGAAAUUAUCAUCGCAUAAGUUAUAGAACAUGUUUUUAUUUUAGCAAAAAAAUAUUAUCCUACCAUAUUAUUUGGGAAAUACAUUUUAAAAGUAACCUUAAUUUUUGUAAUUAAUUACAUGACAAUGUUAUUAGAAAAAUUUAAUCAAAAACAAAAUCCUUUAAUGAUGUCAUUAAUGUUACCAAAAUCAUUUAACGACAAUAUUCAUUUCUUAAUUAUAAGGUUUAUUGGAUCUAAAGACGGGUCAUCAAAGAUUUCCUAAACUGAAUCAAAAUAUACUGAAUAUUCAAAUAUCUAUCUGUUACCAAAUUAUAAACAAAUAAGUUCGUAAAACAAUUUAAUAUUUUAUAUACGAAAUCAAUUAAAUCUUAAUCACAAAAAAUUAGCACAAAAAAAAGUAUUCAACAAUUAAAAAAUUAUCAAAUCUCUGUGUGUUAUAUAAGUUUUGAUACUAUAUUCGAAUAAAGUGUAAUAUACCUUUUUAAUUUGUAUUCUUUAACUAAUUUAAGCUAACUAAUAUAUUUGUUAAUCUUAUACCUAUCAAAACCGACUAUCGUUUCUUAUCUUUAUAGUAUUUCUGCAAGACUUUUUUGGUGUAUUUGGGUAAAAGUGCAUUCGGGUCAUAUGAUACAUUCCCCUAUUAAAUAAAUAUGGUGCACUCCUAUGUUAUUAGCUAAAAUGUUUAGAUUAUAAUUCAGAAUCAUAUCAUAAAUAAAAUUAAUAUUAAUAAACUAAAUGACUUUUUGGCAAGACGGAUUUGGAGAUACGGGUUUUUGAAUCAACAUUAAUAAAAAAGUAAUAUAUAAUUAAUCCAACGUUUCAAUACGGGUUAAAUCUUUAAUUUAUUAUUUUUUAAGACCACUAAUAUUAAAC